AUGGGACAGCAGUUCACCAAUGCCGAAGGGGAACAAACAGAAAUCGAUGUUGCUGAAUUGCAGGAAUGGUAUAAGAAAUUUGUGGUGGAAUGUCCCAGUGGGACUCUGUUCAUGCAUGAAUUCAAGCGCUUCUUUGGAGUCCAGGAUAAUCGCGAAGCUGCAGAGUAUAUUGAAAACAUGUUCAGAGCUUUUGAUAAGAACGGGGAUAACACCAUUGACUUUCUGGAAUAUGUGGCUGCUCUAAACCUUGUUUUACGAGGAAAACUGGAACAUAAACUGAGGUGGACAUUCAAAGUAUAUGACAAGGAUGGGAAUGGCUGCAUAGAUAAACUUGAGCUGCUAGAAAUUGUUGAGUCUAUCUACAAGCUGAAGAAAGUGUGCCGAUCUGAAGUGGAGGAGAGGACUCCAUUGCUCACACCAGAGGAGGUUGUGGACAGAAUAUUUCAGUUAGUGGAUGAGAAUGGGGAUGGGCAGUUGUCUCUUGAUGAAUUCAUUGAUGGAGCCAGGAAAGACAAGUGGGUGAUGAAGAUGUUGCAAAUGGACGUCAACCCUGGGGGAUGGGUCUCAGAGCAGAGGAGGAAGAGUGUUUUGUAUUAA